AAAAUUUAUAUUUGGGAUCGUAAAGUAUUUUUGUGAAACAAACUUUCGAAGCUAAGUUUCCUAACUCGUAUUGAUAAGAGAAAUUUUUAAAGUUUCAGCCUUUCAACUUUCCUUCAGCAUUUUGAAUUAAAUGGUCCUUCGCCAUUUUGUGGAGAUUAUAAAACCGCACAACUCGAAUAACCGAGUUACCCAGUCGAAGGAUAGAAAAGGUUUACUGACGAGGUCAGCAAAUAAGCCAAUAAAUGUUUUUCAACCGUUCCCUACUUAAAUAAACAGUUCCGACAAGCACCACGAAAAUCCGUUAAUAUUUUUCAGUAGGCAGUGAAAAUAUUCAUUUGCUGGCAUUUGCGCAACUGGAAAAUCAAUAUCCCGGGAUUUAACCGACGUCACAAGGGUUGAAGCGAAAAAUCAGCUCUUCAAUUGUGUAUUAUUUUACCCCAAUGAAGAGCCAUGGACGUAUUGCUCGAAUAGUCGGCGUUCACAAUGUAGUUAGUUAAAUUGGAAAUAACGAAAGAAAUUAAGAAUAAUGGUCGAAGAAGUGACUCAGGAUGCUCAUGGAUACUCCAAGCUAGUGGGUCGAGAGAGGAAGAGGCAAAGCGAUGGCUUCUCCAGCUCCAGGGCCGCCUUUGGCAACAUUUCGCCCCCCUUAGAUGCAUAUAACAUCAUAUAUGUUGCGUUUGUUUUUGGAGGAAUUGGUUUUCUGUUGCCCUAUAACAGCUUCAUUAUGGCCAUGGAUUACUUCAAGGCAAGAUACCCUUCGAGCCCUGUGGUCUUUGAUAUGUCCCUGAUCUACAUAGUGGUGGCAUUUCUAACAGUGCUGGCCAAUACUUUGCUGGUGGAAACGUUCUCUUUGAAUGCCAGGAUCAACUUCGGAUACAUUAUGUCGUUUUUAACUUUGGUCUUUGUGGUGGUGUGCGAGAUCUGGUGGGAAGCUUGGGGCACUGUCACCUCCUACACGGUUAAUCUAGCGGCUGUUGCUGUAGUGGCUGUUGGCUGCACAAUUCAGCAGUCCAGUUUUUAUGGAUACACCAGCAUGCUGCCACCACAGUACACACAAGCAGUCAUGGUAGGCGAAAGUGCAUCUGGAGUCUUCACAUCAUUAGUCCGUCUGAUCACCAAAUUCAUCAUCAACGAGCUGCGUGGUAGCACGGUCUAUUUCUUCGUCGUCUCAGUUUCAACGGUGCUAACAUGCUUCGCAAUGUACCACUUGAUUAGACGAUCGGACUUUAUUCAGUUCUACAUGGCGCUGUGUGAAAGAGCCAAAACGCGCAUCACUUUAGAACCCACAGAGGACGCAGGAUUGAUUGAGACCAACGACUCUCAGUACGGUAUUUUGAAGAUCCAAACCAGCCCUCCGCCGACCAGCAGCCAAUUGAGUUUUGCUAAUCCGGCCUACGAACCAUCAGCCCCAGUGCCCACAUACAAAGUGGAAGACGUGGUUGUUAGAGGCCGGCACAGCAUAAGCACCAAUCGAGUUGGAUUCAGUUCGAUUAGAAGGGGAUUGCAAGCUCGCUGGGAGGUGACCAAAUCCACAUAUCCCUACAUGUUCGCAAUAUGUUUAGUGUACUUUGGAACUCUUUCUAUCUACCCGGGAGUGGUCUCUGAAAUAGAAAGCUGCACUUUAAAGUCCUGGAUGCCCAUCAUAAUGAUCUCCUUGUUUAAUAUUUCGGAUUUAUUAGGAAAAACGCUUGCCAGCAGUAGUGCCAGGUUUUGGACUGGUAAACGCUUGGUGAAAUAUUCCGUAAUGCGGUUAUUUCUGAUACCCCUUGUACUCAUGUGUCUAGUGCCACGAAAAUCUUUCAAUUUUACGGCGGAAAUCACAGCUUUCUUGUACUCAAUCAUAUUGGGACUGACCAACGGAAUACUGGGAAGCUUACCGAUGAUACAGGCUCCAAGUAAAGUUGAUGAUCGUCAUAGAGAACUUACUGGAAACAUGAUGACACUCAUGUACAUGUUUGGAUUAACUGCCGGAUCGUUCCUAGCGUGGUCAAUAGAAAGUUGUUUCAAUUUCAAAAAAGAUAGUUGCACCCAGUAUGAAUCGGAGGAAACGAACAUUCCCAUAUUGCCCCGUCCGUUCAUUUUCGGAGGAACUCCAUAUCCGACUAUCACUUCCACCAUCCCGCCAUCUGCUACCAUGAUUAUUGACGCUGCAAAUGCAUCAGAAACCAGUCUGGUCUAAGUGUUUGCAAUUUUAAAAUGAAACUUCCGAAGCAUAUCAAAAGCAUGGAAACCGAUUUGAUUUUCGUAAUUAUUCUACACGACUGUAUCCAAAUGCUAAAUUGCUUGAACUGAAUAUCUCCGCUGUUUAGAACAGGAUUUGAAAUGUUGGUGCUCUUAUAGGUAAGUUGAAAAUAUACUUGCGGCCACGUCAAGCAGAUAUUCUCCUAAUCCAUAUCCAAUGUAUAAUAUGUAUAAGGACCCUCAACUCAUAUCGCCUUGGGAAAUGCACUUUGUCGUACAGAAGAAAAAAUAAAAAGUCAUAAUAAUUGUUGCUGAUGUUGUUUUGAGGCGUUAAAAAUAAAUUACUCAUACUUA